UGGGUACGCACUAGACAGUCUCCUAGUGCUAGUUUAGCUCAGAUCGGGUCACUUAGGGGUUCACCAGCAAACUCACAAGGCUUGGUGACACCUCCUUCGAUUCUGGAGCAACACUCUAACUUUUAUGAAACAUGCACACACACCACUUGA